GUGCUGCAGCUGCCCCUGACCCCGGCACAACAACACCAGAGUGACACCGCACGUGUCUCCCUUUACAUUGACCACUUGUGCAGUCAUCGGAAAGGGGAAGUAUUAUAAAGAAGAAGCAAAUUGAUAUCAAAUGCUCACGGCAGAUCAUCGCGCAAGCUGCACAUUUAAAAUAAGUUUAAACUAAGAAAGAGCACUCGGGUCUGACGACUGCCAAGAAGAAAACAUCCGCCUUUAACAGCACUCGUGUUAAGCAGGAGGAAGAGGAGAACCUUCGCUGAAACUGCACUUACCAUGAAGAUGAUUGUGUCCAACCUGUCGACUGUGUUUUGAGAGAGAGUUUUGAAUUAUGGCUGCUGAACUGUUGAGUUUAGGAUUAUUAGAUGACCAUGAAUAUCAUUCUCUCCUGACGAAAUUAUUAAAUUGCACAGAAUUUUCAAUUAGAAUAUGUGAAGUACUCAUUAAUGCUGUAGAAGUCAGGGAGGCAGUAAGAAAAAGUUCUGUCAUUUCAGAAGAUGGAGCCCUGCAUAAUUUAUAUCAGGAAUUGCUUCAACAGUGUCUGUUACCUCAAUUGGAAAGAAUUACUGAAAAGUACUCGAUUUUGGCCAUAUCAAGUAAACACUAUCAACUCCCACAUAUUAGUGAGACAGAGAACAGUAAGUCAAAUCUAGUGACAAAUGAUUUGAUACUAAAAGAUGAUAAUUUAAAUGCCCAGGAAUGUAACGAUGCAAUUCAAAAGGCUUUGAAAGCUGAUGAACUAAUCUUGGCUUCAAAGUUAUCAUGGUUAAUCACUGUACUUCUAAAAAUAAUCUCAAGUUCAUGUAAAUCACAGUUACCUAUUGAUAUAUAUUCUAAAAAUAUAGAAUUAUGUAAUAAUUUAUACUCGGUAAACAAGAAUGUUCUCAUUCCAUUUAAAAAUGUUUUUGAAAAUAUUGCAAAAACCUUUGAUGUUCAUUAUCUUGAUACAAUGGCAGAAGAAGAGCGCCAUAAAGUAAAAAUAUUAUCCCUGAUAUUUGCCAACGUAUUAAAGGAUAGCUGGUGCAUGCAACAGGCUGUCCUGAAGCAAGCCAUCAAGAGAGUAGUAGAAGUUACUUUGAAAAUGAUUGAAGUGUCCCAUGAUGCAGACACUACAGCACUGCUGCUCACAUUGAUUAUUCAGCCGUAUAUGGAUGUAAACAAUGAAGACAAGGUUGAAGUUGUUCUGAAGCUGUGGAACAUUGUUUGUAACUUUUAUUGUACUGACAAAGACUUCAUAAUGCAGGAGAAAAAUGCUACUGGUUUUUUGAUACUGUGCUUUAUUGCUGGUCAUAUGUUUGAAGGAGACAAAUUGUAUCAUAUUGGAAAUGAGAGUGCACUGUGGAAAAUUAUUCAGUAUGGCCUUACUCAUACUAAUCCACUAUCAAGGAAGAGGUGUCAAUAUAUCCUGAAAAGAUAUGUUGACCAUUGUUCUUCAUUUUCAGUAAAAGAACUUAAAUCAGAAUACAUGUGCUGGCCUGAGAGGGAAAAGAAGGAUCUAGCAAAAAUUUGGAAUGAUUUUUUCCUGCUUGUUGAGACACUAGAAGAAAAACAAGCUCAUGUUGUAAAACCAGUCUUGGAAAGGUUAGAUAAUCUAAUUAAUAUUUGCUGUAGGACUGAGAAAAUGUUUCAUGUGUCUUGGACUCUUGUUAUUUUUAAAAGAAUUUUUGACCAAGAUAAUAAAAAUAUAAAACAGUGGGGAGUAAUGAAGUUUCUGCAGUUAAAGUUCCCAGAGAAGGUGCUAAUAAAAGGGGUUCUGUUUUUUAUAGCUUUACAUCUGUUGUCUGCACUGAGUGACUAUUGUCUUUAUUCUCGUGAUGUGGGUCAGCAGUCACGAACUGUCUCUGCUGUUGGGGAUCAGAUUGUCAUAUUUUUUGUGAGUGUUAUUGAGUCUCUUGGUGCUGAAGCCAAAAGUGAAUUCAUGUGUGUGCUCAUUGAACAGAUUUUUGAUGGAAGAUCAUGGGGCGGGAUCCCUUUAUUUUAUUUGAUACGAAGCUUGGCUUUAAUGCCAAAAACUUCUGUUUGGAAUUUUAAAGUUGUUAAAAGUGCAGUUGCAAACUUUGAAGGGUGCCUUAGUACACAAGAAGUAGUCUUACGCUCAGCAAGCCAGUGUGAUCUCUUAAAGGCAAUUUUUAAGCAUCUGACACCUAUGGCUAAUUUUCUUGAACUAUGUGAUAUUGUAGGACAUUUUAGGAGAAAGGAAAGCUGGUGUCGAGGCACUGUUCUGUGGAAAACUAUUGUUAAUGAUCUCAACACCUUUCAAGAAACUUGGCAAACCAGAUUUUCAUUAGUACACUGUGCUAUUGAAAAAUCUCUCUCUGCUUCAGAAACUAUAAGCCCUCAUGAUAUUGCAUUAGGAAUAAAUUUACUUCUUGAAAACAUUUCACAAUUUGAAAAUGUAUCAGAAAAAAGACCACAUAUUGCAUCUUUACUAUCUCCAAUUAUUGCCUUUUUGAAAGACUGUCAUCUACGACCAUAUUUGGAUCAGAAAAAAUUUAUGUGGGCCCUAGAGCUGAUAACUGAGACACUAGAAAUACUUUGUGAUGUGCCAUCUGAUUGUCAGGCAAUGCCUGAUGAGUUAGGUAAACAUCUGUGUUGUCUAACUGAGGGCAUUGAUAGUGUAGCACAACUGUUUGUCCUAGAGAUAAGAAGGUACAACCAGCCAUAUGAUUUUGAAGUAAUAGCUCACUUUCUAAAUUUAUUUGCUCAGUGUAGUAACUUAAAAAGCCUAAAAUGCAUACCAAGUGUACAAUACCCUGUGUUGCUUGAUUCCUCUCAUGAACUUUUAAAUCAGGAGAGUGUUAUUAAGGUUGCCUUUGGAACCCUUUUAUUAGAACAUUUGGUGUCUUAUUAUUAUGAAAGUGCAUCCUCUAUAGACAAAAAUAGAAUUGUGGAUUUGGUUAAUUUCAAGAUUGUUUGCUAUAUAGAAAAUGAAGCCCGGAGAAGACAAAUUGAUGGGUAUUAUGCGACGGAACAUGCAUCAAAAUUGUUAAUGGAAACAACUCGCAGUCGUUGGAGCUGUGUAGAUCUACUUAUAAAAAAGAAUAUAUCACUGAAAACUGGAAGCUCAGCAGUGUGGAAUGAGUUACUAAAUACAACAAGAGAUAUGCUGCUCAGUGCUGCUGGCUGUGCAGGAAGGAUAAAUGUGUUACAUGUGUUUCAUGUGGCUGUUAGUUUAGCUUCAUCAAUAAUCUUGAAUGGAAUAUGGCAGGAGCUAGUAGACCUCAUGUGGUUAUCAUCUUUGGAGUUUCGAAAGGGUUGCGAUCUUUACCGGUCCCUUGUUGGUUGUGUGACUGACCUUCUCUUCCAUGAUGAAGCAGUGGUCCAACCAGAUAAUCAUGGAUUCAUUACACAGAUGUGCCAGCAAAUGAUGGCUGCUGGAGAGGGUGUACAAGGAAUUGCCGCCCACAUGUCAAGGAGCUUGGUAACUACACUAGCAAGAGCCCAUAUAAGAAAUAAUUUGGAUCCAAAGUCAUGUAAUUUAGUGCAAGAUGUUCUUGUACCUCUGCUAAUGUUUGGCAGUGUUUUUCGAAAGCAGUUUAAAAUUGUACGGGAUACUACCGAGUUCAUUCAGGAAUGUGGGCAGUCAUACAGCACUAAUUCUCUGAUAGGAAGUGAUCAUGAUGCUGAUUUAAGAGCACGUUCCAUUGCUAUGCGAUUUCUUCUUACUCUGAAGAAAGUAAGUCUCGGUGACAGGGCUUGGGCAUUGGCAGUUGCAGAAGGAAUAAGAUAUCAGUAUGCACGCUGCACAGGCGAUCGUAGAGAUUUUGCCAAUUCACAGAAGCAUCGCUACAAAACAAGGCUUUUGCAAGCAUUCCUUUUGAUACUUCCACUGCUAGACAAGAAUGCAUGUUCCAAAGACUUGGAGUGGCUGUGCCGAGGUCUUAUCAAAGAUCACCAACAACCAAGUGUACGAUACUUGCAGGAGUGGGGAGUGGCACUCAUCACAAUAAUGCAUCCACAGCUCUUUCCAGAUCUUCUCUCCCACUUCUUGCAGGGAACCAAGGAAAGAGUUGGUUGUGUUGGCUCUUUUCUGGCAGCAUUGACUCAUGUGGCCUGUACUUCCGAGGAUGAUGAGCUCCUGUGCCAGGCAAUCCAGUACACUUUGCCUUGGUGCAUGGCCCAACACUUCAACACAAGAUUGUAUGCUCAGGUAUCACUGAGGAAAAUAUGGCACCACUGUGAAGCCAAAGAAGUGACAAGAGUGCUGGAGAAAUAUGAACCAAUCCAGCAGUGUUUACAGUUUGUGGUAGAACAGGGCAGUGCUGCCAGAAACACACUCAACAUGCUUAAUGACUUCUACUUCAAGGUGUUUCACCCCUUGAAACAUCUUACUCUAGAGACAAUCCUUCACGAUUUACCGUGCUUAUCAUUACUGGCGGAUGAUGAGUGGGUGACUGUGGAGUUCUUCUUAGGAGUUAGGGAUACAAAUGAACUUCCAGUGUGCAGCGAUCUUCCCCUUUACAACCCUGACAAGGUCCUGGCAGCAUCACUUCCUGCUCCCUGGGUCGUCAAAGCUGCAGGUGAAACAUCUCCUGUAGAUGAAAAAGAUGGUGACAUUGAAUCUGUUACCAAUGUCCAGAGAAAAAUUACUCCAUGGAAGUCAAUGGUUGCAGAAAUCAGUGCAUCCCUGGAUCUACCUCAGCAGAUUGAAGCCCAACAAAGACGAGGAUCAUUAAUAAUAGUGGCUUCUCUGAUAGACAAACCUCCGAACCUUGGUGGUUUGUGCCGAACAUGUGAGGUCUUCAGCGUCAAAGAAUAUGUAGUGCCAUCCCUUAGCAUUUUAGAGGACCAAGCUUUUAAUUCACUUUCUCUGACAUCCCAGCAGUGGGUACCCAUGAGAGAGGUAAAACCUGAAGGUCUUGCAGAAUAUCUGAGAACCCUUCAAAGUGAAGGUUACACUCUGGUAGCAGCCGAGCAAACUGCCAACAGCAUCAAACUGUCCGAGUACAGUUUUCCAGAGAGGACAGUUGUUGUGUUAGGGAACGAAAGAGAAGGAAUUCCCUGUGAACUGCUUCAAUUGCUUGAAGUGUGUGUCGAAAUUCCGCAAAGUGGCAUCAUUCGGUCCCUCAAUGUACAUGUGUCUGGUGCUCUCUUCAUCUGGGAAUAUACUCGUCAACAUCUCAAGAAACUUCUCCAGUGAUAGACCCUUGGUAUAGUAUUAGGCUAUACAAUAAAAUAUAUAUUUAAUAAGUAGUUUAAAAGUUAAAUAUAUUUUGUUAGAAAGUGUUUAUUGCAUUUUACUAAGAAGUUCAUAUUUAUUUUGUAUUUAAAAAUGCAUAAUAUAUUUUGUUUUAUGUAGUAGAGAACAUGUUAUCUGUUGUUCUUUUUCACUUUGCAUACAAUGAAUAGAUUUACUUAAAUGUUUGAUAUGCCUUGAAUCUUGUCUACUUUAAUCAUCUAGAGUCUUUCUCUAAGAUCUUUGUUGAUGUUUUAUUAACGUAAGAAAAUAUAUUUGUGGGUUUUGAUUUUGAUUCACAUUACUAUAUGCGAUAUUCAGCAAUAUCGGCUACUGAAUUGUGAAACACAAAAAUUUAAGUGAAUACUACAGUAGUAGUAAUGUGUGAUCAAAAGUUUGUUUUUGAAUCUAAUGUACACUUCUUUCUUUAUUUUUGAAGCUGUAUAUGAAUGUUGUCAUGGUAUAUUAAUGUUAGAUGUCCAGAUUCUGUUAUAUUACAUUGCUUUGUAUAUAAAUAGUACAGUACCCAUAGGUCAUUAUGCAAUAGCAUUGUUACCCAUGGGUCAUUAUUAACUACCAUAAAUGAUGAUAGCAGCAUAAACAAAAUCAUAUACACAUUACCUGCUUUAGCUGAACUUACUUCACGAUUUAUUUUAAUGUUUUUAAGGUCUAAAUAUUAAACAUGUACUUAGAUCAAGGCAGGUAAAAAAAUUGAUGUUUAACAAGUGAUCAUGUAAAAGCCACAUCAGUAGACCCCACUUUACAAAAAUGCUUUACUAAAAACUGUUUGUAAGUUGUGUUUUCAGUUCUCUGAAUCAUAUUUCCCAUAAUUGCAAUUACAGUACAUAAAUGAGUUGGGGUCUUGGGUUUGUAACACAGGUGAUUAGUGCAGUGGUCUUACAACCACAUUGACUAGCGUUUGAUUUCUGUGCAGGGUGAGACAUUUGGAUACUGUCCCUAUACCUGAUGCCUUUGUUCACCUAGCAUAAAAAUAUGCUUCAAGAAGUUCAGUGACUAUUGUGAGUUGGAGCUUGGGAAAGGUCAGUUGUUGGCCUAAGUUGACCUCAAUAUGCCUAUCUCUGAAACUGGAAAAACAAAAUCAGCAUAUUGAGAAAUAUUUAAGAAACAAAAAAUCA